AUGCCUCUCCUUGCUGCUGAUGCCACCGCCGUGGCUGCUGCUUGGACAGCCAGCCCAGUGGAGAGGGCUCUGGAGUUGCAGAGUGUGCCAACUGAGGCACUGGCAGACUGUGUCUGCUGCCAGAAACCAUCGGCCCCCAUGCACAAAAGGCAGCAAGUGCACAGGGAGGUGAUGACUUCCGGCAAAGUACUGGUGUUUGGAGGUGAUGUCUUGAAAUUUGCAGGUGAUGCACUGUUGGCACUCUGGAAGGUAGAGCGUUGCCAUUUAAAUGAGAUUAUUACUCUGGCACUGAAGUGUAGUUUCAGCAUCCAACAAGAAUAUGGUGUCCGUGAUACUGAAGUGGGACUUGAACUACGAGUGAAGAUAGGACUCUCUGCAGGUCACAUCUCAAAAGUUGUCAUUGGUGAUAACAGACGACAACAUUUUGUGGUAACUGGUCGAGCAGUGGAAGAAGUACGGUUGGCCCAAAACUUAGCCAAAGCAAGUGAAAUUAUCUUGUCCCCUAACUGCUGGGAGCUCUGUGAUCGGAAUUUAAUUGAGGUAGAAAAAAUUAAAAAUGAACGAGCUGUCAAGGUUAAAUACAUUCGAAAUGUCCCUGACUUUGAUACUGAUGAAUUCUUCAAUAGAUGUGCAGACUACCUGAAUCAGAAUCAUAUUUGUGACAGUUUUGAGAUUUUGAGAAUAGCCUCUGUGUUGGGUCCAGAUGAAGAACUUGAAAAACGUUUGCGAAAAUAUGUGAUGAAAAAUGUCCUGAAAAAGAUAGAUGAUAACCAGCCACUGGAGUAUUUAUCAGAGCUACGUCCUGUUACCAUUGUUUUUGUGAAUAUGCAUUUUGAAGAAAAUGCCAAUAUGCACCAUGUGUGUAAGGCUAUCCAAGAUGCCAAUGCUAUGAUCGCUGGAACAAUAUUGCCCCUUAGUGGUAACAUUAAUAAACUCUUCAUGUUUGACAAAGGCUGCACUUUUCUUUGCAUCUUUGGUCUUCCUGGCGAUAAACAAGCAGAUGAAAGCACAAAUGCUCUUGAUAGUGCCCAUAAAAUUCAUGCUUUUUGUUCCACAGCACUUAUGAAAGUAAAGAUUGUUUCUAUUGGGGUCACUGGUGGGCCAGUUUUCUGUGGAGUCGUUGGUCAUCGUGUGAGGCAUGAAUAUACAGUGAUUGGACGAAAAGUUAACCUUGCUGCACGGCUGAUGAUGUUUUAUCCAGGAUUAGUAAGCUGUGAUGCCCUCACUUAUUCCAAAUCUAAAUUGCCCCACUACUUCUUUGAAGAGCUCCCAUUAGUUGAGAUGAAAGGUGUUGUGAACCCUGGAACAGUCUAUCAAUUUCUUGGUAUUACAGAAAAAGCAAUGAUUUACAAAGCAUAUUUAACCAAGGAGAGAUCUGAAAUGUAUCCUUUACUAGGUCGCAAGAAGGAAACUGACAUCUUUGAAAACUUACUCGAAAAAUUUAAAGAAACUAAAUUAAGCCAUGUUAUAAUAUAUGAAGGUCUCAUGGGAUAUGGAAAAAGCCAACUAGUAACUGAAAUUGCCUAUUUAGGACAGGCUCCUGGUCAAAAGGUUGUGGCAAUGGAGCUGACAAAGAUAAAUGCAUGGCAAAAUUUCUUUGCUGUCCGGACAUUGAUGGCAAUGUUCCUGGGGGUGGAUGUCUGUAAAACCUAUGAUGCAAGGCAGUAUAUCCUUCUGAGCAAGUUGCGUGGAGUUAUAGAAGAACAAUAUCUAUGCCUUUUCAACAACCUUUUCCAUGUUAAGUUUCCUACAUCAGAAGUGGUUUCUCAAAUAGACAAUGACAGAAAGAAUAAGGAGAUUGAAACAAUGCUUUUAAAAAUUCUGAUUAAUGCAGCAGAAAAAGAAGUCCUCAUUUUUGCAAUUGAUGAAGCUCAGUUUAUCGAUAAAACCUCGUGGGAUUUCCUGGAUAACUUACUUAAGAGUGUUCCGAUUUUUGUUGUUAUGGCUUUGUCUCCUAUCAAUCACAAGGGACGAAUAUUUUGUUCCAGUGCAGCCCAAAUCCUGAAUAGUCCAAUCACAACUUUUAUUCAGCUAAGGGAAUUAACUCCUUCAGUAAUUAUUCAGAAAGCCUGUCAAGAUCUUGGAGUGGUCAGUAUCGCCAGGGAGCUUGAAACAUUUUUAAUACAAAGGAGUCAUGGAAACCCAUUUUAUUGUGAAGAACUUCUCCGAAACCUCCACUUAAACAAUGUGCUUCAAUUCCAUUUGCUGGAGGAAGAUGAAGAAAAAGAGGAUGAAUGGGAUAGCCUUUUUACCACUACUGUUCUCAAGACUCAUGCAUCCAAAACGUUAAACGAAGAGACUAAAUUAUAUAUUUGCACAGUCGGGCAAAAUGUGAAACUUACCACCAUCAGUCUCCCUCCAACAUUAAAAGGAAUUGCUCUGGUUGCACUGGACAAUAUGAAUCCUUCAGAGCAGAUGGUGGUGAAAUGUGCAGCUGUCAUUGGUGUGACGUUCACUACAGAGAUGCUGCUUUAUAUCCUCCCAGAAUGGACAAAAAGGAAGAUGUACCAGACUCUGGCAGCACUGGUGGAAUCCCGUAUCUUUAAGUGUUGUAGUGAAAGAAAAGAAGUAAAUGUAACUCAGCGCAUGCUAUCUAAAGAGUUCAGCAUCAGCAAUAAUGAUUUGAGAUCACUUACGCAAGAAUCAGAUCUUGGAUUGGUUAUUUCCAAUAGGCUCAAGCUAGAAGAGGCUGUGAUGCAUUGCAAAAUCAUGGAGUUUUGCACACCAUUGUUGCAAGAAGCUGCUUAUGAACUGUGGCUUAAGAAUCAGAAAAAAGCCUUGCAUUUCAAAUGUGCCAGUUACCUGAAGUGGCUAGCUCACCGAUGCAAGUGUUGUGGGGAAGGUGAUUUCAUUCCUUAUCAUCGGUAUGCAGUAGAUGGCAUGCUUCAAAAAUUCUAUUCACAGGAAUAUAAAAUUAAAAAUAUCAAAGAGGAUGUGUUGAAUGAGGCUGCUGUGAUCCUUGUUUCUGAAACCCUAAAAAAAUUGGAAGCAUCCCACCAGGAAGGUGCCGAGAAUCAAGAGAGGAAAGGUGCAUUUUCAUUAUCACAUAAAGGACUUUUCAGAAAGAGAGUCUGGGGGUCUCAACCGCCAUCUCGGCGAUUAUAUCCAGCAGCUCGGGCAGGCCUGCUGUCACGUAGCAAGGAGCCAGAAAAAGCAGAUUACUCUUUUUUCUUCAGUGCUAGACAUCCUAGUGUUACUGCUCUGAUGGAAUCAAGUGGUGACACAUUUAUAGAAUGGAAAGAUAGUAGAAUGAAAACACGGCAGCUUACUACAGGAGAUAUCCUGCGGUCAACCUUCAUCUUGCAAGAGUCCUUUAGGGCUGAAAAUUCAGAAUUGGAAUUUUUAAAAAGAAUGGAUGAAAUAAUCUUGCUUACUGGCAUGAGCAAGAAAAGGACUGAGACCCCCGGCUCACAGGACUGUGAAUGCAAAGAAAUUGUGGAGUCUGUUGCUGUGCCUUUAUCUCAACACUACUUGGCUCUAGGGGAUUAUAGUCGGGCUUUUUAUUACUUGUUGGAAUCUGCCUCUGCUUAUGUCAACCUCUCCCACAACUACAUGGCCUUUACGUAUCUGAAUACAGCAGAGAGCCUUUUGAGAUCUUCGGAAUACAAGCAUAAACUCAUUAACCAAUUUGAGGUGUCCAUUUUGUACAGCCUGAAGGGAGAGGUCUGUUACAAUAUGGGUCAAAUUACUUCUGCAAAAAAACUGAUAAAGAAGGCUUUGAGCUUACUGAAGAAAAGCUUCCCAAUUACUGUUGUAGGAGCCUUUUGCAUGUUUAUGGUGGAAACCUCCAAACAUCUGUCUCAUCAGAACAAACAAACUUUAUGGCAAAUAUCCAGUGGCAGGGAGAAGAGACUAGCAGUUCUGUUCCAGCAAGGUCACUGCCUUUCCCUGCUGUGGCAGCUCUUCAAUCUGGAUGUAGCUAGAAGUAGGAAAACGUUCACCCGUUUGGCAGCCCUCAUGCAGGUGAACUGUGCAGAGGAGUCUCAAGAUGAAUCUCAGAUAAUCUCAUCCUAUACGGAUUUCUCCCUCUGCUAUCAAAUGAUGGGUUGCCAACAUGAAUGGAUGAAGUAUGAGUUAAUGGCUAUCAAACGUAGUUCUCAUCUUCAAGUUGUUGGAGGAGGGUUACUGACAAUUGCUAAACUAGCAUCAUCAUUGGCUUACAUGAAGCUUUGUUUGGGGAACUUACCUUUAGCCAUCCAACUGGGUUAUCGUGCACACGAGUUAUAUGAGCAGCUGAAGAGGCCUAACCUUGAUGCUACUGUGCUCCAUGACAUUUUCAAAGCUCUUUAUCUUAGCACCAGAUAUCAAGAUUCUGUGCAAGUGUUGAGUUGCCUAGAAGAUCUCACCUUUCGAGAUGACAGUAUUAUUGGACAGUCACUCUUCAUUUCGGGCUGUCUGAACAUUAUACUUUAUGCUGGAUUUUGUUUUAAGCCAUUUAAGUACUGCCAGGAUUUUAUUCUCGCUAAUGAAACAAACUGCAUCCUUAUGUCUCAGAACAACAUCAUGCUGAGCUUGUAUUCUUCUCUGGCAAUUUGGUAUGCCAGACUUCAGGAAUGGGAUAAAUUCAUAAUACCAUUUGAAAAAGCAAGGCGGUUGGUGAGGAGAACAUGUGCUUCACUCUGUUCUAACCAUGGAUUCUGUAAAUUGGUAGAGUGUGAGACUCUGUUGUUAAGAAAAUAUAUAGAAGAAAGGCCUGAUAAAGUCCGUGAGAUGCAUAACAGGAUAACAAAGAAUUUGGAUCAGAUAAUGAACCAGUGUUCUAUAAGCCCAGUGUACUAUUCCAGGGUUUACCACCUGAAGGCCUAUGUCCAGCUGAUGCUUGGAAAUGAUGAACUCAGCCAAACGUUUCUUGAGAAGGGAUUCUACAGUAGUGAUAUCUAUGGGAAUCGUUUGGAGAGAUCCUGGCUAGAGAUUAGCAAGGAAUGGUGGUUCACUGGAAAAAAACCCAUGGAAGAUUUUUGGUUAAAGGCAGUUCCAGAUUUCCCUGUAUGGAAUGUAAACAUGACAGCCCAAGAGAUGGGAGCUUUCUAUAAAAACAUGUACCUGCUGAAAGUGCCAGAACUGGAUAUAAGCAAUCCAUUACCAGAAAGUAGCAUAGAAGAAGAAUAUUGAACUGAUUGCAGGAAAUCUCAUCUGAAACAAAUUUUGGUUUAUUUGUUUUCUUGUACAAACUCCACCUUUUCCUGUGUUAAAUCCAGAAUGUAGCAUCUGAUAUGUAUGUUCAACUUUUAAAAUUUCUUAUUAAAAAACCCUUUUGUCUUUCAGCACUUUAUUCUUUGUUAGCAUUAUAGUCGUCUUUCAGGUUACAUAUUCUUCCAAAGAAACUCUCAAGUUCAACAAUGAUUAACUCUUAAGAUUUUUAAGUGAUAGUGUACUUUGAAAUGUUUGGACAAUAAUUACAAAAAGUGUACUUAUUUGCAUUCCACAAUAAGUCCCUAGUGCAAACUUGUUGGUCCUUAAAUGAACCAACUGAAAAAUGAUAUUAAAUAUAUAUAAGCAACCAUUGUAAAAUUUUAAAGCAAAGUAUAAACAUCCUUGUAGUACUGGUAGUUAGUAAUUAGAAAAGAAAUGAAGGGGUAGGAUGCACUAUUGAGUGCUAGCUUUUACAAUGAUUUUAUUACAUUAUAUAUUUUUGCAUCUUGAUUUUUAUAUCCUAUUUUGCAUGGUGUUUUUGCAAUAAUUAAACUAUUUCAAAAACAUAGUUAUGGUUGGCAGCAGGUUUGGAAAAUUAGUAGCCAUUCUACAAAAGAGUUCUGCUUUCAGAGUAAGUCCAGGAAAACUAGAAAGAACGUUGCUUUGUAUUUUCCUUCCCAAAUUACAUAACUAAAAGAUAUAAAAUAGUUGCCAAACUUGAAAUAUGAGGGCAACUGCGUAAUUUGCAUAUGGGGAAGUUUUAUGAGAAAAUAUAUUAUUAAAUCUCUACAGCCAAAUCUUGAGAUGUAAAUAAAGUGCAUUUAGGAACAGAAAUAGCACACUUAAGGGAGAAUACCAGAUAUAAACAUUUAUAAAUUGUUAUGUAUUUGAACUUUAGGAGGGAAGUUUGGGCGGGAACUAGCACGUUGCUGAUUGGCUGAUGCCUCAGCCAAAAUAGUAUUUAAAGAGGGGUUUUUGC